AUGCCUACAUAUCCGAUCCGACGCAGGCCUCGCGAGUGCAAAACUUGUCUACCGUGUCGCGCCAGUAAAGUUCGCUGCGAUCGCAACGUGCCGUGCGGAAACUGCGUCAAACGCAACUUUACUUGUUCCUACGGUCGUCCGCCGCCAACCCAACCAAAACCAUCGCUCGUCCCUGAUCCCACUCCCUUUUCAUCCGCGGCCGCCACAGUCGUCACUACGCCUCAAUUGCCUCCUAGUUCAUCCUAUAUACCUUCUAGUCGAGAUGAUGCACCGGUUUCCUCCUACAGCGCAGAGCCGACCUCGGACGAUGGCAUGUCGGACAAUGUCACAAUAUCUCAGUUCGAAUGGGAUGAGGUGAAUUCCAAGCUGCGCGCGAUGGAGCAAUUACUGGCUAGUCUGAAUUCCCUCUUUCAGUCACAUGCGGCAAGGAAAUCUACCGAUCCUCGUUCAGAAAAAUCGGCUGCCGAGGAGGGCAAAUCUCCAGCACCUCAGGGAAUCUAUGGACAGAAUGCUAUGAAAACAAGCUCCAUUCAUAUCGGCGCAAAGUCAGCGUUGAUUGAUAUUCUGGAUAGGUCAAAAGGCUCGGAUGGGACAGCGGAUGCGUUGCCUAAGGAAGACCUGCUUGCAGAAUUGGCGAUGGAAAACGAAGCUGCUUCAUAUCCCUUUGUUGAUCUUUGGUCGUCCGACCCGUACACUUUUAACAUUGCCGGGGUAUGUGGGGUAUUACCGGAUGAUGAACAAUGUUGCAGGUUUCUCCGUUUUUACAAAGACAUCGGCGCAGUGCUCUACCCCGUCCUCCCGGAUCUCCCCAAAUUAGAGCGCGAUACACACCAACUCCUGCAAAAUCGGCUAAAGGCAGGGGGGGUUUAUCGACCGGAUAUGAAUGGCUUGGUAAAGCCAUUCGGCAUGAGCUUGCCUUUCCUGAGCCUCCUCUUCGUCGUUUUAGCAUCAGGUUGCCAGUUAUCUGACCUGCCACUGAAGGAGCGGGAGCUGACAUCGUGGGUAUAUGUGUCGUGUUCCUACCAGUGCUUGCGCAUGAUCAACUAUGUAUCGCAGCCGACAGUGGAAGUAAUACAAAUCCUGUUAAUCAUCAGCAAUGUGCUCUCGUAUAAUAUGAACGCCGGUGCUUCUUAUACCUUACUUGGGAUGACGGAGCGGAUGUGUAUGAGCCUUGGGCUUCAUGUUGAGACACCGGGGUUCUCGCAAAGUCUCGCAGCUUCUCGGAGGCGAGUCUGGUGGGCAAUGGCUUUUCAAAAUAGCCAUUUUUCCUUAGCUUACGACCGACCAUCCAUCACUAUGGUAAGCCAGCCGGAAAUCCCAUAUGACAGGAAAUCGAUGCCUGGCCAUCGCUCCUACUUCGAAAGCCUCUGCCGUAUUAUUUCCGUUGUGCUGGAGAUGCUGCGGGGGCUCAUGCUCUCGCACCACUCGCACCUGCGAUAUAAUGAAAUUCGCGACUAUAAACAACGAAUAGAGCGCAUUCUUGCUGAUACUACCCCGCAUCUGCGUUAUCGGGAACACUGCGUCACCUUGGCGGAUCACAUCGAGCGGACCGAGUUGCGGCUACACUCAUCUUACUAUAUUUCACUCAUGUGCCGGGUCUCUUUGGAUCCUGACGCCCCGCUCGAUGACCAGCGACGCGCGAUUGUCCGUGAGGACUGCAUCAUAAAUCUUAUGAACACGAUCGAAGCUUUUAUUGAGCUGCAUUCACUUCAUCCCCAUUGCUCACGUAACUGGGUCAGUCUCCAGCGAACAAUUGCGUCCGCCUUUCUUCUGGUUGCAAACAACAAUGACCAGAUCCACCGGCGGACUUGGGAGUUAAUUGAAAAAUUAGAGGCAGUCAUUGCCGAACAUGUGAGUGGAGAUGGAAACGUAAACCUCAAUAUCCGGACAGACUCGGCCGGGCAUUUACUAUCGUCUCUCCGUGCCCUCCGAGAGGUUGGCGCUGCUUUCAACUCUCGGAAGAAGAAGAGGGCACCCGCUCCUGAGGCUAUCUCCCCGAAACAUGUUUUCACCUCCCCGGCUUCCGUGAGCGUCACCACCUCGUCGCCUUAUGCCGCGGGCCAGAGUAUGAGUUCCUCGGAGGAUGGACAUAUUGACAACAUCCUAAAUCGAGUCUCUGAUGUGAUGUUGUUCCCUAGCAUGAACAUGGGGAAUGCAUGA